AUGCCUCCACGCAAAAGGCCGCAGCCCGCGGUCGACCCCGCUGCAUCGGCGCCCAAUCUCCCAGAGCAGGUUUCUCAGUCUGCAAAGUCUCAGGGCCUGGAUGCCGCUCAGAAACGAAAGCGCUUCGCCCAGCCCAAGCAACCGGUGAAUCCAGCGCAAGCUACCGAAAAUGGAGAUCAUCAACGCGACCAGAGAGAUGACCAGUCGCAGCCCCGCAAACCCAAAAAAGUCGACCCCUUCGAUGCGAUCCUGGAGCCGUUCUACUACAACAAGUCGCUUACGGAUCCCAUCAACACGGCCCGUGACAAAUGGAAUCUACUUCCAGCGUUCUUGAAGGUCAAGGGACUUGUGAAGCAGCAUAUCGAUUCUUACAACUACUUCGUGGAGGUUCAGAUGAAGAAGAUCGUCCAAGCAAGCUCGACUAUCCGCAGCGAGGUUGAUCACAACUUUUACAUCAAGUUUACUGACAUUUACCUGGGCUCUCCACUUCGUCCCGACGAGCAAGAUGUAGGAUACGGUUCUGAGGCCACUGUGACGCCAAACGAAUGCCGACUUCGUGACCUGACCUAUGCCGCUCCGAUCUACGUGGAUUUUGAAUAUGUCCGUGCUCGUCAGCGAGUCAUCAGAAGAGGAGUGGCCAUCGGUCGCAUGCCGGUAAUGCUGCGCAGCUCCAAAUGCGUGCUGGCAAACAAGACCCCCGCGGAAAUGCAUCUGCUGAACGAAUGUCCGCUGGAUCCGGGCGGUUAUUUUAUCGUGAAUGGGACGGAGAAAGUCAUUCUGGUCCAGGAACAGCUGAGCAAGAACCGUGUCAUCGUGGAAACCGAUCCCAAGAAAGAAAUCGUGCAGGCUUCCGUUACUAGUUCAUCGAACGAACGCAAGUCGAAGAGCUAUAUCAUUCUUAAGAAGGACAAGCUGUACUUGAGGCACAAUGUGCUCAGUGAGGACAUUCCGCUGGUUAUCCUGCUGAGGGCGAUGGGUGUUCAUUCCGACAAAGAAAUGUUGCUUCUCGUUGCCGGAGUGGACAAGGUCUAUCAGGAAGAUUUUGCCGUCAACUUUGAAGAGGCGAUCAAGCUCAACAUCUACACCCAACACCAGGCGCUUGACUGGAUCGGAUCUCGAAUCAAAAUCAAUCGCAGCAAGCAAACCUCUUAUAAACGCACUCACGUCCAGGAGGCUAUCGAGGCCAUCUCAUCCGUGAUCAUCUCCCACGUGGAGGUGACAGACAUGAACUUCAGGCUCAAGGCUGUCUAUGUUGCUCAUAUGGCACGUCGCGUGCUGAUGGCGAAACAUGAUCCUGGCAUGGUGGAUGACCGCGACUAUGUCGGAAACAAGAGACUUGAGCUGGCUGGCCAGCUCCUUGCUCUUCUGUUUGAAGAUUUGUUCAAGAAAUUCUGUUUCGAUAUCAAGAUGAAUGUCGACAAGGUGUUGGCGAGACGCCAACGGGCAGAGGCGUUCGACGCGUGGAGUGUCAUAAGUAUGCAUGGGAAUCACAUAACGCAGGGGAUGAACCGUGCUAUUUCGACUGGCAACUGGAGUUUGAAGCGUUUCCGUAUGGAGCGCGCCGGUGUUACUCAUGUCUUGAGCAGACUAAGUUACAUCGCGGCGCUAGGAAUGAUGACACGGAUAUCCAGUCAGUUUGAGAAGACCAGAAAGGUCAGCGGACCGAGAGCACUACAACCCUCGCAGUUCGGCAUGCUCUGCCCUUCUGAUACCCCCGAGGGUGAAGCCUGUGGCCUGGUGAAGAACUUGGCGCUGAUGACACACAUCACGACAAAUGACGAAGAAGGCCCGGUGCAGAAGUUGGUUUUCAUGCUGGGCGCGGAGGACAUUCAAACCGUGAGCGGCAGGGAACUAUACGGUCCUGGAGCCUACAUCAUAUCGAUAAAUGGAACGCCCAUAGCGCUUACGAGACGGCCGAAGCAUUUCCUCAAUUCUUUCCGCAGGCUCCGGCGCAUGGGACGGAUAUCCGAGUUUGUCAGUAUUUACAUCAAUCAUUAUCAGUGCGCAGUCCAUAUUGCAACCGAUGAUGGCCGAAUUUGCCGCCCUCUCAUUGUCGUCGAGAACGGCCGGCCACGGGUCGAGGCGCACCACCUCGAAAAGCUCCGGGAUGGUUCCAUGCAGUUUGAUGACUUUCUCGCUCAAGGCCUAGUGGAGUAUCUCGAUGUGAACGAAGAGAAUGACUCCAACAUCGCCAUGUACGAGAAAGAUAUCAACGACACCACCACACAUCUUGAAAUCGAGCCGUUCACUAUUCUCGGAGCUGUCGCGGGUCUCAUUCCUUAUCCUCAUCACAACCAGUCACCCCGGAACACGUAUCAGUGUGCAAUGGGUAAACAGGCUAUUGGUGCCAUCGCUUCAAACCAAUUCCUUCGCAUUGAUUCUCUGCUCUACCUCAUGGUCUAUCCGCAGAAGCCUAUGGUCAAGACACGAACCAUCGAGCUGGUCAAGUAUGACCAGCUUCCGGCAGGGCAGAAUGCGACGGUUGCGGUCAUGAGUUACUCCGGUUAUGAUAUCGAGGAUGCCCUGGUGUUGAACAAGGGGUCUGUCGAUCGAGGCUUUGGACGCUGCCAGGUGUUCCGCAAGUACGUCACAAACCUGAAGAGUUAUUCGAACGGCACAAAGGACAAGCUUGUGGGACCGGAGUACGAGAAUGGGGUGCCGAUCAGAAAGCACCAGCUUCUCGAGAGCGAUGGGCUGGCCGCUGUCGGCGAGAAAGUCAGCGCCGGAGAGAUCUACAUCAACAAGCUUACUCCGGAGCAGGCUAUGUCGGCUGGGAUUACGGGUUCGGAUGCCGGUAGACAAGUCUCAUAUACACCAACACCGCAAACCUACAAACUGGCGGAUCCUAGCUAUAUUGACAAGGUGAUGAUUUCCACUACCGAAGGCGAGAGCCAGAUCAUCAAGGUGCAGACUCGUCAGACUCGUCGGCCUGAAGUGGGUGACAAGUUCUCCUCUCGCCACGGACAGAAGGGUGUGGUGGGCAUUAUCGCAGAGCAGGCUGAUAUGCCAUUUACCGACGAGGGAAUUGUCCCUGACAUUAUCAUGAAUCCUCACGGGUUCCCAUCCCGAAUGACGGUCGGAAAGCUGCUUGAGCUUGUCACCGGCAAGGCUGGGGUGUUGUCGGGUAAUUUCGGCUAUGGAACGGCGUUUGGCGGUAGUCCCGUGGAGGAGAUGUCGGCCAUCCUGGUGGACAAAGGGUUCAGCUACGGUGGCAAGGAUUACCUCACGUCUGGCAUCACCGGCGAACCUUUGCCUUUCUAUGUGUUCACAGGGCCCAUCUAUUACCAGAAACUGAAGCACAUGGUCCAAGAUAAGAUGCACUCCCGUGCCCGCGGACCUCGCGCUAUUCUUACGCGCCAACCGACCGAGGGUCGCUCGCGCGACGGAGGUCUGCGUCUGGGUGAGAUGGAGCGUGACUGUCUGAUUGCGUACGGGACCAGCCAGCUUCUCCUCGAGCGGCUGAUGCUGUCGUCAGACAAGCAUGAGGUCGACAUCUGCGAGAACUGCGGGUUUAUGGGGUAUCUGAAUUGGUGCCAGCGAUGCAAGUCGUCGCGGGGAGUGGUGAAGAUGACGAUACCAUAUGCGGCCAAGCUGCUGAUCCAGGAGCUGUUCAGCAUGAACGUUACUGCGCGGUUGAAGCUGGAGGACGAGUUUCCGGAGUCGAGAGGGAAGUAA